AUCCCGGAGACAGUCUAGGGAGCAGUUUUCUGCUUGGUGUCUUGGUGUGGAGGGAGGAGGACGCCUGGGUCUCCAAAAUGGCAUCGGAGGACUCUGGCAUCCCAGGUUCCAGACUUCCUCGGGUUUGAGAGCCGGGUUCUUGCAAGCUUUAGUUUCCAUCAACUUCUUCCAUUUGCUAGUUCUGCCUGCCCUCCCUCUCUCAUGAGCCUCCGGACUCCCCGCCGGGUCCUGGGCUCACCAGCCUCACUUUUCAUCCGUACCAGAUUCCUGAGGGACGCCCUCCUUUGGAGGGGCCGCCUUGUGUCGGAGAAUGGGAGCCACCCCGAGGAGGUGAGCCCAGAGGAGCAGCCAGAGGAGGCGGGAGCCGACGCGAGUGCAGAGGAGGAGCAGCCCCGGGAGGAGGAGGAGGAGGAGGAAGAGGCCGAGGCGGUCGAGUACCUGGCCCAGUUGCCGGAGCCGCUGCUGCUGCGCGUGCUGGCCGAGCUGCCAGCCUCGGAGCUGGUGCAGGCCUGCCGCCUGGUGUGCCUGCGCUGGAAGGAGCUGGUGGACGGCGCCCCACUGUGGCUGCUCAAGUGCCAGCAGGAGGGGCUGGUGCCCGAGGGCUGCGCAGAUGAUGAGCGGGACCACUGGCAACAGUUCUACUUUCUGAGCAAGAGGAGGCGCAACCUGCUGCGUAACCCGUGCGGGGAAGAGGACUUGGAGGGCUGGUGUGACGUGGAGCACGGUGGGGACGGCUGGAGGGUGGAGGAACUGCCCGGAGACAGUGGGGUGGAAUUUACCCAAGAUGACAGCGUUAAGAAGUACUUCGCCUCCUCCUUCGAGUGGUGUCGCAAAGCGCAGGUCAUUGAUCUGCAGGCCGAGGGCUACUGGGAGGAGCUGCUGGACACCACCCAGCCCGCCAUCGUGGUGAAAGACUGGUACUCGGGCCGCACGGAUGCCGGCAGCCUGUACGAGCUCACCGUGAGGCUGCUGUCGGAGCACGAAGAUGUGCUGGCGGAGUUCAACACCGGGCAGGUGGCAGUGCCGGAGGAAGGCGGCUGGAUGGAGAUCUCCCACACCUUCACCGACUACGGGCCAGGCGUCCGCUUUGUCCGCUUCGAGCACGGAGGGCAGGACUCGGUCUACUGGAAGGGCUGGUUCGGGGCCCGGGUGACCAACAGUAGCGUGUGGGUGGAACCCUGAGCGACCCCUACCCCCAGCCGCCCUCUAGGGGCAGAAGCCUGGGGUAGAAAGGCCUUAAUUUAGUUGGUAGCAUCCUCACCUGCCUCAUCCACGCCUUGCACCUGCCUCUCCCCCGCCCCUUCCUCCAGCCUGGUCCCUGCGGGAGAGAAGGAUUUGUUGCUUUAUUGUGGGAUGGCUUCCAUUUGCAUUUCCACGGCAGUCGCUUCUAGAAUGUACGAUCCGAGGGGGGCAUGGGGCUGCUGCAGGAUCCCGAGCAUCUAGCAUUGUGCCUGCCUCAAAGUGGGCACGCAAUAAAUAUUUGUCCAAAGAAGGAGAUAAUGGAAGUGCAGAUGAAUGGACGUCUCCCCGUCUCCACCGCUGUCUCCCGAGGGCCUCUGGCCUGGCCUGGAAAAGUACUUGGUGACAGUCCAGACGCUCGGGUUUCCAGGGGCUCUUGGGUUGGUAUGGGGCCAGCUGGGCCUGGGCAGCCAGCGGACAAAGGCUAGGAUUGUG